AUGGAUGAAGUUUCAAAGAGGUCAGUGAUGUUGUUCCAAUGUUCAAUCUGCUACGAAGUGUUCAAAAGUAUUGAAGAACUGCUGAUACACAACAGUCAGCAUGUUCAGGUCAAAGGUCACAAGUUGGUGGAGAUCACCACGGAACCAGAGUAUGAAUUAGUGGAUAUGAAUGACAUUGAAGUGGCUUGUGAUGUGGAGGUUGGAACCGAUGAUUCUGGUACAGUGAUCCUAGAGGAGUCUCCUGGAGUACCAGUGCCAGUACAGAAUCCAGAAGAACUCUCAGACAAAGCAACAGAAGCAAGUGAUGAUGACUCUUCAGUUACUGAGUCAGAUCUCAGUGACUCCAUGGUGGACGAACCAGCCUGGAAUGAUUUUGAAAUGAAAUUCAAGUCCAGUUCCCAAAAUAAAAAUCUGGUCUUGAGCGAAUAUGUUAAAGACACACCUGCAUCCUUGAUGAACAUGAAGAAUUCAGAGCUGUUGAAAUACAUUGAAGCUGAUCAUGGUUUGCCGGCCAGUAGACAAGCAUCACAAGCAUCACAAGCAUCACAUCUAGAAGAUCUUAUCAAGACAGAGCUGCCUUUAAAGUCUCAAGACUUAAACCAAAGUCCAAAGGAGAAGUAUGACUCAAAUUUGGACAAUGUCUGCAAUAAGUGUGAAAGGCGUUUUUGGAAUGCAACUGCCUUGAUGAAACACACUUGUGAAAGUAGCGAGCAUCCUUACAAUACCAGGCGAAAAUCCUCGCCCAUAAAAUUAAAG